CCAACCCUCGCUUCUGGCCCCUGGGUUCCCGUUCUGCAUCUUUGCCCUCUCAUCGCCAGCAACAAGCCGCCGACACAAUGGAGUCGCCCUGGGAGGAACGCUGGUCAAAAUCCCGCGAUCGACCUUACUACUUCAACCGCCAAACAGGCGAGAGUCAGUGGGAUAAGCCCGAUGACUCUUACAAGCCCCACGUCAAGGCCGGGGAAGUGCGUGCCUCGCAUCUUCUCGUCAAACACAGGGACUCUCGCCGUCCGUCGUCGUGGAAACAAGAAAACAUCACACGAACCAAGGAAGAGGCCUAUGCAAUCAUUCAAGGCUAUCGCGAGCGCAUCGUCAGCGGCGAACUAACGCUCGGACAGCUGGCCCGAACUGAAAGCGACUGCAGUUCGGCAAAGAAAGACGGCGAUCUUGGGUUUUUUGGACCUGGCGCAAUGCAGCCUGCCUUUGAAUCCGCCACGUUUGCCCUGCAAGUCGGAGAGCUCAGCGGGCCUGUCGAAUCGGACUCGGGCAUCCAUUUGAUUUUGCGAACGGCCUAACAUGGCAGCGGCAGCACAGCUUGUUGUCAAAGGCUGUAAUGGUCGGAAAUCCGAAGGGAUCGCCUCACUCUCAAUUAUCAAUAGUCCUCUGUCGUGAAACUUGUUUUGCGGUGCAAUCUCGGUGUGCUAUCGGUCGGCGGUGCAUCGGCGAGGGCAUGACGGUGUUGAAAAGGACAGCUCUCGAGCACACCGCACGGCCGUGUCUGUCGGUUGGUGUUGGUGUGUGUGGCAUGGCCGUGUAUAUCUCAGAUCAAUGCCAUGGGCAACGGCAAUGGUGCGCCAUGAAGAGUCCAUGACUGUGCUGGUGGUCAUUGCCGACGGCGAUCCAGAUCCAAAUCCAGAUCCAAAUCCA